UCAAAUGAGCAGGGACAAUUCCCGCGAAUACCAGCUUAUAUGGCUAUUCACGCAGUAUCUACUCUUAAGUCCUUCUAAGGAUACACUGAAGGAAUUAUUUGUAUGAAAUAUUUGACUUAGCUUUAAGGAAAGGAGAUAAACUCCAAUUCCAAUUAAUGUUGGACCUAGAAAAAUUGACGGAUUGACCAUAUUCCCUAGUUCUGAUCUGGAUUUGAACCAAUUUAUAAAAUGUGUUGGAGUUAUGUGAAUCUUGGAUUGUUACAGGAAUUUAUCUGAAAAAAAUCUGUGAACUACAUGAAAUAUUUGGAUUCUACAUUUGCAAUUAAUUGAAUAAUUAGAGAGGGAUGGUGCCUGGCAAUGACUGACUUCUCUCUGAUUGAGGACCUGACCCAUCUAGUGGGGCCCCUCACUGAGGAGACGGUGGUCCGAUGUCUACAGGCCAAGUUUUACUCCCAGCGCUUCCAGUGUAAGCUUGGUCCAGUGGUUGUCUCUCUGAACAAUAAUCGGUACCGGCCAGCAGCCAGAUGCUUAGUGGAGCCAGCCCAGCCUCAGUGGCUCCUAGAUGGUUUGGUCCGUGAAGCGGUCACCCAGCAUGCAGACACGGGGCACUCCCAAGCCAUUAUCUGCAGUGGGGAGAGUGGAAGUGGUAAGACUUUUUGGGCCAUGCACAUGUUACGACAGCUGUUUGACCUGGCUGGGGGUGGAUCAGAGACCGACGCCUUCAAGCACCUGUCUGCCACACUGACAGUCCUCAGGUCCCUGUGUUCAGCCGCCACUGUCACCAACACUGAGUCUAGUCGAGUGGGCUUCUUCAUUGAGAAUUUUAUCACAGAUUCAGCCAUUUAUAGAACCAAGAUUCACUCCUACCUGCUGGACCGAGAAAGGGUGUGUUCGGUUCAGCAGAAUGAGAGGAACUAUCAUAUAUUUUAUCAGAUGUUAGCAGGACUAGGUCCUGAAGAAAAAGCUAAACUACACCUGACAGGGUACUCUAUGCAUAACCUUAGCUAUUUAAGCUUAGGCAACACGCAUGUAUGGAAUGAAAUGGAAGAGAAAUCUCGAUUUGAUGCUUGGAAGAAUUCCCUGGGUAUCUUAGGAAUUCCUUUCUCUGAUGUCAUGAGGAUUUUUUCUGCCAUCUUGCUACUGGGUAACAUAGAAUUUAUUGAAGGAACUGGCCUGGAGUUAGAUAUAAUUGGUAAUAAUGAAAUCAAGUCUGUAGCAGCUUUGCUUGGUGUUUCUGGGGUAGCAUUAUACAGGGGAUUCACCACAAGGACUCGUAAUACUCGAGGUCAACUAUGUAAAUCACUUGCAGAUGUUUACUCGGCAAAUGCUACAAGGAAUGCAUUGGCCAAGUCCUUAUACAGCAGAACUGUUGCAGCCAUUUUGAAAAGAGCAAACAGUUUACGGCGUCCAAAUAUCAACUCUUCACUGUCUGGAAGCACUGAAUCAAAUUUACAUCAUGUUGAUCCAGGAGGGACAUCAUUCUCUGAGCAGAUGUUUUCCAGAAGUUCUUCAAUUAGGUCUGGCUAUGAAAAAACAAAAUAUGAUGGAUUUAUCAGCAUUAUUGACAUGUUUGGAUUUGAAACAGCUCAGAAAAAUCAACUUGAGCAACUAUGUGUGAAUUUAUGUGCAGAGACCAUUCAGCAUUUUUACAAUACAUACAUUUUCAAGAGCACUAUGCAGGCUUUAAAGGAUGAAGAUAUCCAGACAGAGGUCGAAGUUCGUUACCUUGACAAUGAACCAAUUUUAGAGCUUUUAACAUCACAGAGGAAUGGAAUUUUAAAUAUUCUGGAUAUUGAGUGUGCCCAACCUAGAAGCAGUAUCGAAGUGUAUACAAGCAAAGUAAAAGCUCAUCAUCGAGUCAAUAAUUAUUUUUUUGAGCCAUUACCCAAGGCCGACACCAUCUUCGGAAUCCGCCACUUUGCUGGGCGGGUAGUUUACAAUGCUGAUAACUUUCUACAGAACAAUCAAGACACUUUACCGGAUGAUGUAGUGUCUGUCUUCUCCAAACAAAACUGUAACUUUGGAUUUGUGUCUCAUUUGUUUGCACAGGAAAAUAAACCAGUUGCUGGAGAUGUAAGCUCUGGACCACAUGGACUUAAGCACAGAAUCUUGCCAAAUUCUUCCGAUUUCAAAAGAAAUGGAACAAGAGGCACCCUCUCCUCUGAUUUCCAAACCAAGCUGGACAAUCUGUUGAAGACAUUAAUGCACUCCAAACCCCACUUUGUUUUAUGCUUAAAGUCCAAUGACCGAGGGGAAAUGGACCAGUUUGAUGGGGAUGUAAUCAUCCGACAACUCAGAUCACUGCAAGUUCUUGAGACAGUUCAUCUGAUGGCUGGUGGUAUUCCCCACAGAAUGAGAUACAAGUCAUUCAAUAAUAGAUAUAAGAUAUUCUUUGGUCACACAAAGCCUUAUCAGUUGGACACUCAGAAGGAUCAAUGUAAGGCUAUACUGAACAACUUUCUUAAAGCCAUGGAUGAAAGCAAACUUCCAUAUGUCAGCACACAAUGGAUGUAUGGGAAAAAACACAUCUUCUUCAGUGAAGGAACUCGACAGCAGUUGGAGGCCAUGAGAGCAGAGAGGAUCAACAAGGCAGCAGCCAUUAUUCAGGCAUACUGGAAGGGCCGGCUGUGUAGGAAAUACUGGUCACAGUAUAAACAUCAGCUUCUGUCGGACAGAGGGUCUGUCAAGUCCUCUAAAACCGGAUCCUCUUGGAAAUCCAACAAAACAAAGAAAGUUGCCAUUAUAAGGAAAGAUGAAAAUCUUCUACAGCAAGCAUCAAAGUACUACAAUAUAAGUCUGGAGUCUGCCCCCUCAGUACCCCCAAACAGACUUUACUGUGUUGCCAAAAAUAUCCGAUUAGGAUAUCCACACCACCGUAUUAUGAAGGAUAACUACCCAAAGGAGCCAGUGAAUGGUAAAGUUCUGUCUCGUGGUGAGGAGGUGGAUGUUGUUGGUCCUUCAGCAAAACGAGGUCACCUGAUUGUCAAGAAUAGCAACAUAGUAAUGGACGUUCCUUAUCAUCUUUUGGACCUCAAGACUAUACCAGAGUUACCAGCAAUGGACAUCUGACAAUCAUCAUCAGGGAAAAAGUGCAAUUUUACAACAAGUGUUGAAAACCAUAUGAUAGCAAUUUCUGACUUCUUCAAUGACUUUUGAAGUGGUACUGCUACAGUUUGAUCAGUGCGUCAUUUCUUAAUUUGAUAGGUUCAAAUUCUAGUUUAUGUAUUCUCUGAUUUUGUGUUAUCUAACAUUGUAUUUCUUUGUUCACAAGUCAUUAAUUAUUAUAAUUAUAUGUUCGGUUAAGCCAUACUUUGAGAUAAAAUACACGCUUACCUGUAAUUUAUCGAUCAUCAUAAACAUAUUUUCAGUCAAUAUCAGCAAUAAAUAAAUACAAAAAAGCAAUACAAAAUAUGGACAAUUAAUGGUUCACCAUAGUUAGAAUUUUCCAGUGUAGUACACAGAUUACACACCUUUGUGACAGGUUACCAGAAUGAUAUUAUAAGACUUGCCGAUCAUCUCAUACCACAUACUGUACUUGCCACUCUAUGGAUAGGGUUCAUGUAUUUAGAGCACCAAUGUGUUGGUUAACUGUGUUGUUACAUAUAGUCACAUUGCGUGUAAUGCCUUAAUCAGAUCAGUUACAUAGAACUGAGAAUUGAUCCAAUCAAACUUAUAUUCUUUAUAUUCAUUAUGUCAGAAAGCAAAUUAAAUUUCCAUGUACUAAAAUAGUACUUAGAUGUGUGUUUUGUAAAAUUUUAAAAGACAAUUGCCAAAAAAAUUCAUUUUGAAUUUGUAAUAUUUCCAGGUAUUUAAAUCAUACAAACUUUGUCUCCACAUUUGAAAUAAAGCUCAGGGAUAUUUUCAUUGACUUCAUAUAAGCAUUUUUAUGUAAAUAGUGCUUGUCUUGUAUCUGUAAAUAUGCUGUAUUGAGAUAUGGGUCAUUAUCAUAGCAUUUAUAACCAGUUUAUAUUUUUUCACAUCAUUUUGUUGUGUGGAUUUGCAAUUAUCCCCAACAAUAGAUUGUGAAUAUGAUUUAAAGUGUUCUAUGGAUAACCAUUACAUAAUAAUCAAAGCUGUUCAUUGUAUAUGAGAUACAUUCAUGGAUAUUGGAGCAAGCACACUUUGUUACUAUUUAUAUUUCGUUAUAUAAUUUUUACCUCAACAUACUGUGAUAUUUGUGUUUUGUUUAUAAAUAAAUGUGUGAAU